CGUCCCUGCACGUUCCGCUGUUGCCAAAGUCGCGAAGUUCGAUCGCGUCUCCCGAAAUUGCCCAGGUGCGCUUCCCACCAUACACCGCCGGUACUGUACGCACUCCCUCGUACAUCCAGGUUCAUCAACAAUCUAUACACCGCCGCGGUCAUGACAACCUUGUGAUCCGAUCGCCGCCCGUAUGAAUUCUCGCCGCUCUCGACAUGCCGGCAGGGAGCAAGACCAUGCCGAACAAUCUUAUAAUGGAUCAAACGGCCACCUCUCCGUACAAUCGCAAUCACAUGGGUAUACAGCGAAAGAUCUGGAUAUCCUGCGGGAAAUUGCCGACCUAGCAUCAUCAACGCCGGGCGACUCAUCCUUCACGCCAGUUUGGAGCGCAUACAACACCGUACUCAAGGCGCAUCGGAUAGAUACCGCCUACGAUGGGGUGUAUUUUCCCUUGAUGAUGAAGUUGCUAAAGGUCGAGGGCGAUACCUAUCAAGAAAAGCUUCAGAGCAUACUAAAGCAAUUGGCCGGCACCAUUGAAACGUCCACUCAUGCCUCAGUAUUCGAAACGUCACGACAAAGGGAAGCGCACCAGCCUCGUCGACAAGCUCCUACAGAUCCCAACCCCUCCACACGGACUCACUAUGCCUACUCAGAAACAUCGCCUACAGUGGACUAUAGAACACCACCGCUUGGAGCGAACGGAUUUGCUACGCCGCCCCAUCGCAUAUUACCCGAAAAUUUGGCCAUUGCGCGUAAAUCACACUCAGUCCGCCCUGUGUCCGAGGAAAUGCAUGCGUAUAGGAAGCAGCUCCUCGAGGAGUUUCUCAAAUCAAAGUUGCGUCGGUAUCUGUACCUUUGGCGGCAGAGUGCACGUCGUUUAUCAACGUACCAUUCACGUCAAGACAGGCUUGCCCUCCGACAUGACCGGCGAACGUUAAUGCUUCAGUCAUUGGCAAUCUGGCACGAUAAGCACGCCUUUUACAUGAUGAUGACGAGAAAGACGGCUAAAGCCCGGAACUUGUUGUUGUUGGAACGUUGUUUUGCUUGGUGGAAGCAAAGGACACAGACAUCUCUUGAACAGCGUGAGCGAAUGCGUGAUGCGCUCCUCGUACGCAGGCAUCUUCACGCUUGGAAGCACAUUAUCGAGCGCGAUAAUGAAAAAGCGCUGCAAUUCAGGCUGAAGAGCGUUUGGAGUAAAUGGCACAAAAAAGCUUCUGCGCUGCGGGGUAAACGGUCUUCGGCAUUGACUAAAUAUAAGCAUGACCUUGUGAAGCGGACAUGGAAGGCGUGGUUCUAUAAAGCAUGCGCAAAUCGUGCAUCAGUGUAUCACAACGUCAAGAUCGGACGGGAGUUGUUGGGCCUAUGGAUCACCAGGACCAGGGACGUAGCAUGCAAAACUCGGGGAGGUCAACGAUAUUACAAAAAGACACUGGCAGCUGCUGUACUUGAUAGAUGGCGGUCACGAACCCUUGAAGUUACUAAGAUGUCUGCUGAGGCAGAUGAGGUCUCUACAGUGAGCACCGCGCGGGCCGCUCUGCAUACCUGGAGGAACACGGCGCGCUUGCAAGAGAACUUGCACGUAAUUCGGGGGAAUCUUGACGACAAUUUGAAGGCCACAGCAUUCGUUACUUGGAGGGAUCGGUGCAGAAACGUACAGGUAGCAACGACGUUCGCCUACCAAUCCUUACUCCGAACAACCUUCACGGCUUGGUUGAAUGAGGCAAGAGCAAACAAAUUUCUUGAGCAAUCAGAGGACCGAUUAAUGAGACACGUGAUACAACAGUUAUCACUGUUCGCGCGUCUGCGUUCCUUCGAACGACACCGAGAUCAACACCUCGUUAUGCGUGCAUUUGGCAGCUGGCUCGACCGUGUUCGCAUUACACAUGAGCGUACCGACUUAAUGUGUCGGACUUUGCAGCGAAAGCUGAACAAGAAGUUGAAAGAAGAAAUUCUUGCAAUGUGGCAAGACAAGUACGAAGAAGGACGAAGACGCGAGGCCGUCGCACAUUCUCGAUACAGCGCUUCCAUCGCCAAGAAUGCGUUCUCUCUUUGGCGUUCGUCGUUUGAAGAAAAGAAGAAGUACAAAGAGAUGGCCGACCAUGCAUCGCAAUAUUUUGUCUUCAAGAAAUACCUGCAAAUAUGGCAAGAAGUGCACGAGACGACUGUGCGAAACCGCCGCGCAGAGCAGACCCUUGUCGCCAAGGAGCAUCACGAGGGCCGACUCAGCAGGAUUGCGCUCCAAUCUUGGACGACGAAAAUCAUCCUGCUUCGAGAGAUGCAGAAGGAAGCGUGUGACAAAGAAACGAGCAUGAACAACGCACUAUGCAGUAAACUGCUCACAAGGUGGCGUGAAAAACUCGAAGACGUUCGUGAGGCGGAUGCGAGAGCUGAACUAACGUCUGAGCGGCAUCUGAAAAAUGCAGUCUUCAAAACAUGGAGGGAGUCAUUUGACAAACUGCAAGAACUCAAGGCAAUAGCGAACGAACAAAGCCUUAGCCGCGACUUAGCGGCAUGCAAAAUUGCCUUGCGAUCAUGGGGAAUGCUGUUAUUCCGGAUACGCGGGGCCACUGAGCAGGCUGAAAGGUUUGCCGCUCGAAGAGAUCACAUCCUGCUUGGCGUCAUGUGGCGGAUAUGGAGGAAAAAGUUACGACCGGGGAAUGAUACGACUAUACUCACGGACGGGACAAGCGAAGGAUCGGUUGCAAGUACUCCGACACGUCGUGGAAACGGGUUGAACCUAGCGCGGUCGCUAUUGGAAGAUGUCAGGACACCUGUCCAUAGCCGUGGUUAUUCGAGAUUCCGGAGACCAACAGCAAGAGGUCCAUCUACGUGACAUGUUGUCGAGCGACCUAGUAAUCAUAUUUCCUCAUCAAUUCAAUGUCAUGCCCCCAUUUUAAAGUUGAAGCUUGUCCGUGC